CAAUAUUCGCUCGACUCAGCUCGAUUACGGCCCUACUUACAGACAUAAAGAGAGAGAGAUGAGCAUGCCACAUCUAUCCAGUCCUUAUUGAUGAGGACAAAACAUUGAUGAAUGAUUCAACCGUGGUCCGUGAGUGGUUUUGUUUGGAGUGGGAAGGCGCACGUGAACUCAAUUUGCUUCCCUAUACCUUCCCAUGCACUACAAUACCAAGGAGAGAAUGGCUUCUUCCACUCUCCAAGAGAGUUAAUUUGGAGAAAAAGCAUGGGACAUAGCUUGUCUUCAGGCCUCAGGGUUUCAGUUUUCUACCUGUUUUCCCUUAUUAUCAGCAUCUCCUACUCCUCUUCUUCUUCUUCCGUCGUUUUAAUCCCAGAAAGACGGCCAAUGAGGAAACUCAGAGUGUCGGUGCCCUACGACAAGCACAAAUGCCACAAAAUGGAGGUUGAUGAAAAGAUGAAAGGAUCAACCGUCCAGGAAGGAUCAAUGGCACUCACACGUACAAGCAGCGGGGAAAAAUUAGAUCAUGAGCUUGUCUACCACAUUGAUUACCAUGGGGUGACAACACAUCCGACGCCAACUCCAAAACACCCUAAACCUUAAGAUUGCUUAUCAGCUUCUAUGAGGAAAUAUGGAAUUAUGUAUUAUGUUUAAAUAGAUUAAAAGAGUAAUUACCCAGG